ACUCGCCACCAACAUGCCUCCCAAAUUUGACCCCGGCGAGAUUAAAAUUGGUACGUUUUCUUGUCAAAACGGUUUCUAAGCAGCCGCUUGUGUUACAGUCAAGAUGGCGUCUUCCGGCUUCCCACCGGCGCUAUUCCAACGGCCCCGUCGUGCUUGGCCACAUGGGAUAAGCUCGCUAGGCGCAAACUUGUACAUGAGGUGCACAGGGGGAGAGGUGGGUGCCACAUCAGCAUUGGCCCCCAAAAUUGGACCCCUUGGUCUGUCUCCCAAGAAAGUUGGUGAUGAUAUUGCCAAGGCCACCGGUGACUGGAAGGGGCUGAGGAUCACUGUGAAGCUGACUAUCCAGAACAGACAGGCAGCGAUUGAGGUGGUUCCCUCUGCCUCUGCUCUCAUCAUCAAAGCUCUGAAGGAGCCCCCUCGUGACAGGAAGAAGGUCAAGAACAUCAAACACAGUGGAAGUGUGACAUUUGAUGACAUUGUGGGUGUUGCUCGUAUCAUGCGGCCUCGUUCCAUUGCAAGAGAGAUGUCAGCCUCCAGCCACUGUACCGGUCUUGUCAGAGUGACUGAGUAUAAUCCAGUGGAGGCGCAGAUUGACCCACCUUUAGGAAACAGAGCUGUCCAAACUAAUGGACAACCCUGUGCCGAAAAGUCUGGAACACUGUGACUGGAAUGUGUUUUUCAUUAAAUGGAAGUGUGAAUUAUUUUUUUUAUUUAUUGGGGUAUAAAU